AUGGACUUGGUGCUAAGAAAUGUUGGAAACAGUUAUGUUGUUGAUGCUGCUGAUCCUGAUAACUUGAGCACCUCAAGAGGGGAACUUCAUGAUUUGCUUAGCAAAUCCUCACUUAAUGGUAUCCCAUUGCUGAUCCUGGGUAACAAGAUUGAUAAACCGGGAGCUCUGAGUAAACAAGCUUUGACUGAUGAAAUGCAAGACACAUCAUGGGGACUCAAGUCAAAUACUGUUAGAGAAUUAUGUUGCUCCAUGAUCUCAUGCAAGAACUCAACCAACAUAGACUCAGUUAUUGAUUGGCUUGUAAAGCAUUCCAAAUCAAAAGGCUGA